AUGGUAGAGGCAGAAAUCGGAAAUAGAGAAAACAGAUGGUCACUUCAAGGAAUGAUUGCUCUUGUUACUGGUGGCACUAAAGGAAUCAGGUAUGCUGUUGUUGAGGAAUUAGCAAGCCUAGGGGCUUCCGUACACACAUGUUCUCGAGAUGAGGCCCAGCUCAAUGUAUGCUUACAUGAAUGGAAGACAAAGGGAUUUCGAGUCACUGGUUCAGUUUCCGAUGUAGCAUCACGAGCCCAACGAAAGGAGCUAAUCAGCAUAGUUUCCUCCCUAUUUAAUGGCAAACUCAGCAUCCUUAUAAACAACGUGAGAACCAACAUGCCAAAACAAACCACAGAGUACACAGCUGAAGAUUUCUCAUUUCUCAUGUGUACCAAUCUUGAAUCUGCUUAUCACAUGUGCCAACUUGCUUUUCCUCUUCUGAAAGCUUCAGGAGCAGGAAGCAUUGUUUUUGUUUCUUCCGUUGCUGGUGUAGUAGGCCUAACUCUUGGAGUAUCUAUUCAUGCUACAACUAAAGGAGGGUUGAAUCAACUAGCAAAAAAUUUUGCAUGUGAGUGGGCAAAGGAUAACAUAAGAAGUAACUCUGUUGCACCAUGGGUUAUCAAAACCCCCUUGGCUGAUGAAACUGUAAGACUACUUUCCUUGUGUAUGAUAGCACUUGACCACGAAGUUGGACACAUUUAUUUUAUUGGACGUAUUGGAGAGCCAAAGGAGGUUUCUUCCUCGGUGGCAUUCCUAUGCCUACCUGCAGCUUCUUACAUAACCAGUCAAACCAUUUGUGUUGAUGGAGGGAUUACUGUGAAUGGCUUCUGCUUUCCCUAAGCAUACUUUGAAACAGCAAAAACAAUGAUGGACACACCCCCACUGCAAUAUAUGAAAAUAAAUGAAUGUAAUAAUUCAUUGUAGAAACAAGAUUUAUUUGACCAGAAAUUAAAACUAAAAAACUCAAAAGUUAUCAUAUCUGAAAAAUAAAUGAAUGUCAUAAGUGGGAUUUUUGAAAA